AUGUCAUCUGAUCCUCUGUAUCCAGCUUAUCUUCCAACCAGGCCAGAUGGGUAUAUGCCUACCUUGGAUGUCCCUCAAUUUGAGGCGGACGAGCCGGGUAGCCGCGCCGACCCCCUGAAGCCGGCUAUUUUUAAAGCGAAUGCGAAGAUAACAAACAUAACGCCGAGGGUCGGGACAGAGAUCACUGGCGUUAAGCUCAGUCAGCUUCCUCCGGCAGGACUAGACGAAGUUGCUUUACUAGCAGCUGAGAGGGGCGUCUUGGUUUUUAGGGAUCAGGACUUCGCAGACAUUGGGUUCGAAAGACAGCGAGACAUUGUGAAGUACUACGGACCCUUGCAUAAACAUCCUACGAUGGGAUAUCCUGCGGGAACAAGUCCAGAAUUCCAUGUAGUGUAUGCGGAUGAAACCGCUGGCAAUCUUAGAACGCUUCUAGGCCCUCGCACAGCGUACGACCUAUGGCAUGUCGACCAGACAUUCACACCAAAUGUGCCUUCAACUACCUUUUUCUGGGUUCUUGAAAUUCCCGAAUCUGGUGGUGGUGACACGGCCUUCACAUCCCUAACGGCAGCAUAUGAGGCAUUGUCACCUGCCUUUAGACAACUCCUCGGAGGAUUAAGUCUCUAUCAUACGUCGGCUUCGGUCGGAGAAGUUGCUCGUGUCGGGACGGAGCGUGCAUUGAAAGAGGCUGUUAACACGACACAUCCCUUAGUUAUUAAACAUCCUGUCACGGGUAAACCUUCGUUAUUUGUAAACCCGACAAUCGCUCGCAAGAUCGAGGGGUUCUUACCGGAGGAGUCGGACAACCUCCUAAAGUUCCUACACGAUCAUAUUAAAAGUCUCGAUUUUAGCUGUAGGGUCAAAUGGGAAAGGGGAACCGUCGUGGUUUGGGAUCAAAGGACUGCAGCGCAUAGCGCAGUACCUGACUUUGCGGAUGGAGAGAGACGGCAUAUGGUGCGGAUGAUACCUUACGGUUCUAAGCCGGAGCCAGCGUUUCCAGAACAGUUUAACGCUUCUAGGGAGAAGAUAGAUAGUGCCUGA